AUGUCAUUUGUUAAGACUGUUGAUGCUUCUGAUGUGAUAAAAACUGACAAUGCAUUGUUUAAUUUGUUUGCUGAUGUUAUUGAGUGGGUUGAGCCUAGUAACAUUGUGCAUGUGGUCACUGAUAAUGCUGCGAAUUAUGUAUCUGCUGGAAAACUUAUUCAUGAAAAAUACUCAAAUAUAUUUUGGUCUCCUUGUGUUGCCCAUUGUAUCAAUUCUAUUUUGAAAGAUGUUACAAGUAUUCCUCACAUAGCUGACCUUACUUCCCGUGCUUCAAAAGUGACCGUUAUAUAUGAUCACAAGGAAGAUUUGCAGGCAUUGAUGGUGGAUAAAUAUUUCACUUCUCAUAAGUUAGUCAAAAGUGCUAAUGGAAAGAUUGUUAGUUCAAUUGUCUUGGAUAGUAAGUUUUGGCAAGAUUGUGUUACCACUGUGAAAAUUGUUGGUCCUCUUAUUAAGUUGUUGAGGCUUGUUGAUGCUGAUGAAAAAUUCUCUUUGGGAAUCAUGUAUGAAGGCAUCAAAAGAGCCAAAAAUGCUAUCAAGAUAAUGUUUAGAAAUCGAAAAGCUGCUUAUACGCCAUACACAAGUAUCUUGAAAAUGAGGUGGGAUAAGCAUUUGAAGCGUGAUCUCCAUGCGACAACGUACUUUUUAAAUCCAGACAUUUUCUAUAGUGAGGGUUUUGUUGAGAAGGCAAAUAUUUUGAGAUCUUUACUUGAUUUUCUUGAUGUUGAAAUACUUUGUGAUGACUCAGUUGCCGCAAUGCAAGAGAUACAGUUGUAUCGAAAUUGUAAAGAAAUUUUUGGGAGGGAAAGUUCUAAGAGAGCGGCAUCAAGACUCGAACUUGGUGAAUGGUGGAGGCUACACGGUGGGAGUGCUCCUAAUUUACAAAAAAUGGCAGUCAUUCUUCUUCAUCAAACCUUUUCUUCAUCAGAAUGUGAGAGGAACUGGAGCCUUUUUGAACAAAUCUAUUCAAAGAGGAGGAACCGGUUAGAGCAUCAAAGGCUAAGUGACAUUGUUUCUGUCACCUAUAACCUACGCCUUCAAUCUAGGUUGCAUCGAAAGAAGAGGAAUUAUGAUCCAAUUGACAUUCAAAGCAUUGACACGGUAGAUUUUUGGGUAAUGGCAGAUGAGGAUGAUCCUGAAUUUAUUAAUGAAGAUGUUGAAGGCAUCAAAAAAGUUUAA